GGGCGAUCGCGCGAGUCGAGUACGGUAUAUGCAUGCGCCAUAUUGUGAGCUGCUACACACUGACACUGCAUGCACCGCUGACUGCUGUCUUGUGCAUGCUGUGUUUAUUUCCCGUGUAGUUUCCUGUCAGAAUAUCAUGGCCAUAUGCCGGUACAGCUAUUUCUAGCUAAGUUAGGGGUGCAACAACAUGUUCCAAGCAAAGCCAAAGGAAUAUUCAAUUAUUUCUGUGGCUGCAUGCAGAAAGACUCAAACUCAAAUUUCAAAAAAGAGACUCGCCCUGAGCCUGAUCAUCUAUCUCAGUAUCUGAUGCCUGACUUCAUUGGUGAUUUUCAUUUGUUAUUUGGGAAGUGCAUGAUUGCAUGCAGCUUGCUCAACCCUUCCACAGAUUUGAAAAUUGGAGGAUAUCAAUCUCACAAUAGGGGCUAAAAGCGUCUUUGUACACCGGUCGUUCCGCUAACUACGUUGUCUCCACUCACCAAAUACGGAAUUGGUUGUGAAAACUGGACCUAGUGGAAACCACAAGCAAAGAUGCCGAAGGCAAAGUCCAAGAGUGUUCAUAAACGAAUGAAAACAAGGAUGAGUAGAGGAGAAGAUUCCAUCUCCCUGGAGGAUGAGGAUCUUCAGACAGAGAAUAUCUUAAAAGAAGACUUCAUCAGCCAACUCUCUCUAGAACUGCUAGAAAAAAUAUUUUGUUAUCUACCCGUUAGGACUGUCAUCUCAUGCGAAAGGUUGAACCAUCACUUCCAGCUGGCUGUGCUUUCUUACCUCAAUGUGGUGAAAGAGUUUGACUUGACAGAACACAAAUGGUAUGGAUAUAUUCCCAGGGGAUUUUGCUUAUCCUCUUUCACAAAGCUUCUGAAGCGAUGUCCCAAGGUGGAAGUCAUCCGGGGGCUGCACAUCUAUCCUGAAAUGGAAGGACUUCAUCGGCAUCUGAAUAGGUCAGAUCAGAUGAUGCAGGGUAUGGUCAAGGAGUUGAAGAAAUGCAGCCACCUGCGUCAGGUUGAGAUUUCUAGUCUUGACUUGGCUGAUGCACUCGUGGAGGAGAUGCCAGAGCUAGAUUUAGGGGAUUUCUCAAACAGAGGGAGUUCAUUUGAAGCUGACUGUCGGCCGUACUUUACUCUAAUUCCUGACUACCACAUCAGGAAACUCCACCUGACUGGAGUGACACUUCCAGAAUUGCCACAAACACCCCAUGUGCAGGAGAUCAUCUUAGAAUGGGUAGAACUCACCAGUUCUCAGCCUUUCCAGAACUUCGUCUGUCCAGCACUUAGAACUUUUGUGAUGAGAAACUGCUUUGGGCCUCUGAAUGCUCUCAAGUAUGUGGCUCUCAUUGACAACUUGGCUCGCUGCCUAAAUCUUGAAAGGUUGGAAUUGGUUCGUGUACCAUUCCUAGGGGGACUGAUACAGCAUACAGUUGAAGAAUCAGCAGGGGAGCAAUACCAUGGUUUUCGCAAUCUGAAAACCAUCAUCAUCAGCGGAUGCAAGAACUGUACUGAGCAGGAUCUUGGUCACCUCCUACUUGCUGCUGACAAGACCCUUGAGAGUCUCAGUAUACAGCCAUGCCUUACCCGAGACAGCCUCUUCUUGGCGUUCAGAGCAAUCGAGUGCAAGUUCCUUAAUCUGAAGAAUCUUCAUUUGGGCUAUGUGGAUCCAUGGUCAAACUCGGGGAAGUACACUUCAGCGGAGUUAAUAAGCAAAGGUCUUGUGGAGAUCAAUGAAAACCCUGCUGUAAUGACUGAUAUGGGCAUGAAAGCCAUGGGACAGGUCUUGCCAAAUCUCUCCUCUCUCGCUGUCUAUAACUGCCCUCAUCUCAGGUACCCAAGGACAUGGCUGGAUGUUGAGCCUGUUGAUACCUGUUGGUCACAACUGACAUCUCUUCAUCUACGCCACUGUCAUAGGAUCCAACUCAACGACUACCAGUCCCUUUCUCAUUUCAUAGAGUGGCUCCCGAACCUGGAGGACAUCUACCUCGAGCGUAUGUUCCCGAAUCCACCCAAGGGAUGCUCUAGGGUGGGUCUAAGUGCAGGAACAGGUAUCGGUGUUUCAUCAGCUCUUGUUGCUAUGCAGAAUCCUGGGGCUCAGCGUCCUCCACAGCACCAGAACGAGGCUGAAGUCCCGGUACCAGAUGUAGCACCUAUCAAUCAAGAAGCACCUAGGCAGCAGCAGGGCAAUGCGGAUAGGGGGCAUAACAGGCAGAUCCAAGAUGGUCCUCAGCAGAAUAUGGAACAGGUCCAAUUGGAAGAGCCAGAAAGACAAUCAAACCAGAUACAGCCAGCCAUAGAUCUAUUUGGAAUACCAGAUGAUCACUUGGCAGGCCCUAGUGACAUCACCCCACCAAACAGAAACACAUCUGAAGAACUACCUCUCAAUCAACAAUUAGCAUCAUCAUCAUCAAAUGCAAUAUCAUCAAGAAACUCUGGACAGGCAUCAACUUCUAUGGAAGCGCAUCGGACAUUGGAUGACUCCGAAGAAAGCAUCCACUCAAGGUUGCAUAAUAAAAAAGAUUCCUCUACAUCUCUAACUCGUUCCACAUAUCAAGUUGAAAUAGGGUCUAGGGAACUAGUAUCAAGAGAUAACAAUAGAAAUGAAAUCGACCAACCUUCAGAAUCCCAUGUAAACCUUGAGAGAACCACCCCAAAGAAGAAUUUCAGAGAUGCCUCCACAUCAGCUAUGUCAAUGGCUGGAUCGUGCCCCAUCCAUGGAACAAUGAUGCAGGACCUAAGCAACGAUGACGAUGAGGAUGACGAAUUCUCGUCUCUUCCAUCCAUGCAUGAUAAAUUUGUUUCUGCCAUUGAUGGUCCAUGUAACAGCGUUGGUGUCCAAGUGCACAAGGACGCUCAGUCGUCCCCUCUAGAUCCAACCCCAAUGAUGUGUGACCAAGCCACAAGUACUAGUGACCCUGUCAUGGAGGCAGACCCAGUCUUGGUUUUCAGAUGUGCCUCGGACUCUUUAAUCUCUGCCACUUUCAAUGAUUGUGGAAUCUCCCAUAUUGAAGUACAGGAUUGUCCAAAUCUGAUACACAUCCAAGGUCACCAUCUGCCAAUCUUCAAGAAGCUGAGUCUGUCUAACAGGACAAGUAGGCUGAGUAAAGUGCAGUUCGAACAAUGUCCAAAGAUGGAAUAUGGACCCACCAUAGAUGAACUCAUGUUAAGUUGUGCAAGGGCUGGCAGAGUCGUCAGAUUUAGACCUAUGUCACGUAUGGCAAUUGAUGAGAUCGCGGGUGCUUUUGAGAAUAAAGUGAGCAGCUUGAAUCACAACGCCUUACUCAUAUUGGAUCAUACGACACCACCUCAGGCUCACCACAGCUCAGCAGUAUGGGACUGGGCGAACAUCCUCUCUGGUCUCAAUCAGACUCUGUUAUUUGAAAGAAAUAUAAAACAAGCUUAUCGCAGUGCUGUCUGUGGGGACAAUGAGGAGGGAGUUGCUCCAGAUCUCAUGGUGUUUGAAGAUGAGAAGUUGAAGGUGAUGACAGACCUACCAUGGAUGAAACCUCUCCUGGAGAGUAAUCUAUGGCAGCUCGGAGUCCCUCCCUCAUGUGGUAAAAACCGCCAUGAAAGCAUCAAGAUACUGAGAGAACGUCUAGCUGAGCCUAUCGCCAUGGCGAUACAAGAGAAGCAGACUAUUUUUCCAAGUAUAUUCUGCAUUUACAUCCAAACAUCUGACCAAGAUGGUGCUGCCAUGUAUGGAGAGUUUACAACUGAUAAUCGUUGACAGCUCUUUUCUUUUGAUGGCAAAUGUGCACACUAGUUUUCAUGCUCGGAAAGCUGGAUGGCAAUAAGUUUUUAUGCACAUGUAUGACUAAAACACUGUUACAUUGAUCAUUGCAUACGAAUUAAUGAUUUAAAAUUAGUUGAUAGAUCCUCUCCUAAGAGGAAACUAACAGUGAAAGUUUUAUGCCCACUGAUCUUUUUUUUUACAAGGGUACAAAGUACAAUGCUAAAGGAGAGUUAUGGCUUUUGGAAUAAUCAAUUUGAUGCCUACCAUUACAUAGCUUCUUUGCUUCUCCUACCAAGCCUGAAUAUUAUUACAUCUAAAUAUGUAAAUGGGACUGCGGUUACAAGCAUUUUACACUUUGAAAUUUUAGAUUAUAUUGCUAUUACAAAGAUAAUAAUUAUUUUUCUAAUGAUUUGCAUGUGGAAAUAACAUUGAAAAUAUUUUAUUGGCAAGACCUGCAGCUUGGGAACACAAUUUUAUCUCUUGCUUGUAAGCUUCUUAUUUUGCUUUAAGAGGUAGAUUGAGCUGAUAAACUGUGCCAAGCACAAGAUUAUAUCAUCUCUGAUUUGGUUUCUUUACUGGAUGAGUUGAAUGUAUUUAACAAGGGGUGGCUUGUUGAAGCCGUAAUCUCCUCUUCAUCAGUUAUGAAAAAGAAAAGUUUUAUAUAUUUUUUUAUUACAUAUUAUAGGUCAAGUGCUUUCAUAUGUGAGAGCAUGUGGCCUCGAUUAAAAAAAGCUUAUGUUAUAAGCUAUUGAAAUCAUGCACUUUGAUUGGAUGAGAG